UCCAUGUACGAUUUGGGAAAUGGCAAGUGUUACGGCCGGCGACAAAAAGGUCAAUGUAUUGGUCAAUGGGGAGCCAAUACCUUUCGACAUGAAGAUAGGGGAGCAGGAGAGGCAUUCUUUGUUUUCGAGACGACCGAAGAGGUGCCGGAGGACUUGUUGACGAGUCCUCUGCUGGAUGCCACCAAGGUUGGGGACGAAAAUAAUGCCAUUGAACCCCCCAUUGGGGAAUGUAGCUCGAAAGAUAUCGACGACGCAAAAAUAUACGAAAUGGGCAUCAACGCUGCUGUGCAGCACGCUCCCAAGGUCCCGAACGCGGAACCAUCUUAUCUUGAUCUCUCAUCACCCAAUUUCCCCGAAUCUUGUGUCCAAUCACCUAGCUCAUCCAGAUCGUCGUCACGUUCCCCUUCACCGUCACGCUUCUCCAAUAGACCCUCAAGAAGCACUACACCACCAACUUCCGUCUCAGGAGCGUCACCCCUCCCAUCGCCUAUUCCUGACCGAUCCUCAAAGAAAACCGCUUCUCCAUCGACCUUCCUGCUCCCUACUGAACCUGACUUUCCCCAUCUUGCUGACUCCAAGAAGGAAGUCGAGGACGACGCCCCCAUCCCAACUAAUGAACAUAUCGAUGAGCAACACGAGGGAAUUACGCCUACGCCUAAGAAGUCUCCACCGUCUCGUGCUGCAACACUCUCGCACGCUCUAAGCGCCGCAGCGGCGAAAGUUGCUCAAGUCGGUGAUGCCCCUCGCAAAGGUGUGGCUCGGUCCACCUCGUGGCUCAUCCCUGGGACCCGUCGCCGGAUUCAGGACGCAGAAGAUUCCUUACAGGGAGGACCCCACGAUGAUGCGGACAAUGGCGAGGACGAGAA